UAUAGGCGUCCAUUGCCCAAGUUGUUCUACGUUUCCGGAGCCGGAGGUUGCGGCAAGACCUUCCUGUACAACUGUUUGAUUUCGUCUAUCCGGAGCCGCGGAGGGACCGUGAUUUCCGUGGCUUAUACUGGGAUAGCCGCGUCGUUGAUCCAGGGAGGACAGACCGUCCACUCUACGUUCGGCGUGAGAGUGGCGCCGCACGAUCAAGAAGACCCGUCGUAUCUUGCAAUGCAAUCGAGGAAAGCGCAGACUCUGCGCGCCGCCUCACUGAUCGUUUGGGACGAGGCAUCCAUGUCGCCCACGUCGCAGCUGCGGGUCGCCGACAGGUUGCUCAGGGACGUCAUGAACGCGUAUGCGCCUUUCGGCGGCAAACCCGUGCUGUUCGCCGGCGACUUCAGACAGACGUUGCCCAUCGUGAAGCGCGGUUCGCGGGCCCAAAUCGUUUCGGCCACCAUACGGCAUGGUGUUUAUUGGGUCUCGAUGGAAAAAUACUCGCUUGAGCGCAACAUGCGCGCCGACGGCGACCAACCUUUCGCCGAUUGGCUGUUGCAGCUCGGUGCUGGCUCGCUCAACAAAGGACUAGAAUACGUGACUAUUAAGGUCGGUGCGGUAAGCGAAUCUUUUGCAUGUCUUUUAGACUUUGUUUAUCCGCGGGCGAUGUCGUUGAACAACGUCCGCGAUUACGCUAAACAUAUUGUUUUGUGUGUUACAAACGACGAGUGCAAGAACAUCAACGAUCAGGUGCUCCUACAUUAUACAUUACAUGUAUAAAUAGUAAUGAGUUAUAAUAUCUGAAUUUUGAAUGAUUUAACAAAUUUGAGAUUAUACCAAAGACAUUGUAUGUUAUCAUAAUAUACUUAUUAGACCGAUUUUUCUCAACAAUUCAUCAAAUGAUAAUAAAUUGUAUCUAUUUGAUGACUAUGCCCACAAAAAUUAGUAAUGUUUACCUUGUCACGGUGAAUCAUCAAAAAAAUAUACGAUUUUUAAAAUCAAUAAAUUUCUACAUUAUUUUAAAUUUUCCUUACAACUGUCAUAACUCUAAAUAAUUUUACCUU